AUGUCACAUCUUUAUCGUCUUGUACCUCGUACAACAACAAAUGUGUUGCAUGUAACACGUAUGAAUGCGCAUAAUUUACCAUUAGGUUCACCAGUUAAAGUACCUGAAGUUACAGAAGGAAAUCCUAUUGUAUCGAGUUCUGGUCAAUUUAUUACUACAAAUGGACCAUCUAUUACGGCAAGAACUAGUAUUGGUGGUGGUGGUAGUAGUGCAAGUAUGUUACCAGGUGUACAAACAGCUCAUGAUAAUACAAAUCCAAAUAAGACAACAGGAGAUGCUAAAGUAUCUGAAUCGAAAGAUGGUCAAGAUAAAGAACAUGAAUCAAUUUUAAAAAGUCCUAUAGGUCAAUUUGGUUUGGUAGCUCUUACUGCUAUAUCAGUUUAUGGAGCUUAUAAAAUGUUACUUGGUAAUGCACCAAAUCAAGUAGCAAAUUUGCAAGAUAUGCAAGCACGUAUAACAAGACCAGAUCUUCAACCUAAAUCUGCUGUUCAUGUCAAAAUAGCCCACGAUAAUAAUCCAGAUAAACCUCAUGAAGGUGUUAAUCCAUGA